UUGGGUAUUAGCCCCUCCCUCACAAGGUUUUCAAAUUACACUACGGUUUGCAAACCGCCUUGAAAGGAGGAAUUGGUUAAAAAGAACGCGAUUUAAAAGGGCAAAGUGAGCGAAAAAAGUUCAGUCAUGGCUCCCAGGAAAAGACCUACUAAGCAAGGGAAAAAAUCACCCAAGAUGGUCAAACUCGAAGCAUUUCUGGAUGAUUUCGACAGUGAAGUAAAAACAAGACUUGGACAGCUGCAAGAGAGAAAGAAUCAGAUGUUGAGAGAUCUUCGCAACAGCUAUAAUGUGGCACUCAUUAAGCUCCCAGCCAAUGUUCGCAAAAUGACAUGGAUGGAACAUUUCAAGGUUGAGAAACCCAAGUCCCCGGAAGUGGAUGAUGCUAAAAGGCAAGAGGAGGCAGCAAUUGUGGAGAAUGUUGUGGCAGAAGACCAUACAGUUCUCAUGAAAACAGUCAAGAAAAUGUCGAAGAAGAAGGCCUCAACCAAAUCCAGUCCGAAUGAUGAAAACACAACUAGAACGUUGAGGAAGGGGAAAACUUCAAGGAAGCCCCCGACGACAUCAAAGCGAGCCAGAGCUCUGUCAGUCAGCCAACAAAAUGGACCAAUCAGAAGAUCAUCGAGGAAUCCUCUGGUGACUCCUGCCAGGACCCUGGUGGACUCCUCUUUGAUGGGCCCAACUCCCCUCAUCACACCACGCUUUGACCCCAGGCUUCCCAAGACUCCAGCUGUGAGAGUUCCUCGCCACAAAGAGAGGGUCUUCAGCAUUUCCGUCAACGGCUCCCCCAUCUCAGCCGGCAGUGAAGAAAUUGUCAUCAGUGUCCCGGUUGGGAAUGGAGAGAGUAUUCAGCUGCUAGCCAGUCAGGUGGAUUCAGUGGAUCUGUCCCUGCUGGGUGAAACGGCCUCGAGGAGCAUUCGCAGUUUGCAGAAUCGCCUCACAUCACUUUGUGAAUCCUAGAUCUCAGCAAGCCGCCUCCUGUUGAUUUGUAAAAUAGCAAUAUUGGAUGCUUUUUAUUUGCCCCCCCCCCCCCAAUGUCUAUUUCAAAAGAUUGUCUUGGUGUUGUAGAGUGCUAUUCUUUGUUUUCCAACACAUUCCCUGGAAUUCACUCAUUUAACCGCUGUACGUGUGUAAAUAUGCAUUUUAAAUGCACACAUUUUUCCAUUUGUGUUCUGUCGCCAUUUUGUAAUGUUAGGGGUCUUAUUUGUAAUUUCUACUUUAAACCUCGGGGGCACUCAA